CUUCGAUUGUAGUCUGUGUCACCACUAGUGCUCAGUGAGACAUACGCCUACGUGGCGAAUAUAUCCAAAGAUAAACGGAUACCUAAACGGAAGACGAAAUGUCUCGGCAUCAGAAUCCCCCCUUUCGUGCUGAACACCUGGGUUCUUUGCUUCGCACCGACAUCUUGGUCGCAAAGCGUAACGGCCUGACUGUGGGCACAGUCUCUAGAGAGGAGCUCGUUCCCAUCGAGGAUCAGGAUAUUAAUGAUAUUGUCGCUAAGCAGGAACAGCUCGGAUAUCAUGCCAUCACUGAUGGCGAGUACCGUCGACACAUGUUCUGGGGCUCGUUUUUCCCUGGUCUGGAAGGCUUCACGCAAAUCUUCAAGCCCGACCCAGGCAUGUUCCGCCUUUACAUGCCGGACAUCGCAGCUUUUGUGGAGGAAAAAGUUGAGCCUGGAGAGACGGUCGUCUGCACGGGCAAGAUCAAGCACAAGGGCAGUACCUAUGUCGACGACUUCAAGUACCUCGCCAAACUCGUCAAGCCUGAAGAGGUUAAGAAUCUCAAAAUCACAUUGGCUGCACCGAACUGGUACCAUAUGCGGUACAAGGAAGGUGUCGCAUACCCCAAGGAUGUAUACAGUUCCGACGAGGAAUACUUCGGCGACAUCGCCAAGGCGUACCAGGAGGAACUGCGCAUUCUGUACGAGGCAGGGUGCCGAAAUGUGCAAUACGAUGACCCCAAUCUUGCUUAUUUCUGUUCCGAGAAGAUGAUCGAAGGCUGGAAUGCAGAUUCCCUCAAUAUCGGCACCACCGAGCAGCUUCUCGACAAAUACAUCAAACUAUACAACGACUGCAUCGCCAAGCGGCCAGCGGACAUGCACGUCGGCGUGCAUCUCUGCCGCGGCAACUUCCACAAAUCCCGACACUUCUCUGAAGGCGGAUAUGAGCGAAUUGCAGCCAAGCUUUUUAAGGAGCUGGAUGUCGACACGUACUAUCUCGAGUACGACACUCCUCGCGCCGGCGGCUUUGAGCCGCUGAAAGAACUGCCGGCAACCAAGAACGUGAUCCUGGGUGUCGUCACUUCCAAGUUCGAUACUCUGGAGGAUAAGGUGGAGAUGAAGAACAGGAUUGUGCAGGCUGCCGGGUUUAUCGCAGUGGGCAAUAAUAUCUCUGUGCAGGAGGCGUUGAAGCAGUGCGGUGUUAGCCCGCAAUGUGGAUUUGCAAGUCACCACGGUGGUAAUGCUAUCAGCCGUGAGGGGAUGUUUGACAAGUUGAAGUUGGUGCGUGAGAUUGCAAACGAGAUUUGGCCCAAUGAGCCUUGAUUCAAUUCUUUCUCUGAUAUUACUUAUUUGAUAUGACUUUCUUGCAAUGACAUUUGGGGGAUGCAAAUAGGCAUU